CUAACAAAAUAUUUUGUUCCUUCGUCUACGAUCACAAUUCAAGUACCUCUUUUGCUUAUUUCUUCUUAAUCUUCUUCUUCUGUGUAAUCUUCGAUUCUUGCUUCUUGGGUUUCCAGAGUUCGAUGAAGGGUUCGAAGCCUAAUGUUUGGAUCGAACCUUACAUGAACGAGUCCAAUACAGAGUUUUCUUUAGGUUUGGUACAAUGAGUGCAGUGAACAUUACGAACGUGGCGGUCCUCGACAAUCCAGCGUCGUUUCUGGCCCCUUUCCAGUUCGAAAUCUCGUACGAGUGUGUCACUCCUCUUAAUGACGACUUGGAAUGGAAACUCAUCUAUGUUGGAUCUGCUGAAGAUGAAACUUAUGAUCAACUUUUAGAAAGUGUUCUUGUAGGGCCUGUCAAUGUUGGAAACUAUCGUUUUGUCUUGCAGGCAGACCCUCCAGAUCCCUCAAAAAUCCGUGAAGAAGAUUUAAUUGGUGUAACAGUGCUCUUGUUGACCUGCUCUUAUCUGGGUCAGGAAUUUGUCCGAGUGGGCUAUUAUGUCAACAAUGAUUAUGAUGAUGAGCAGCUAAGAGAGGAACCUCCCCAAAAGGUCUUGAUUGAUAGGGUCCAAAGAAACAUAUUAACUGAUAAACCUAGGGUCACAAAGUUCCCCAUCAAUUUUCACCCUGAAAACAGUGAAAGUGGAGAACAAGGCCCCCCAGCUCCAGCUGAUCAUCCAGCUGAAGUAGAUGGACAUGAAGAGCAGCUGAUUUCUUCAACUGAUCAUCUUUCAGAAGAUGAAGGACCUUAA